CGGAAAAAAAAAUAUAAAGUUUAUUGUUGUGUUGGGAUUCUAAAUGACCACUUCUCUUAUAAUUUAUAAUAUGCAAGCACUUACGGAACAAUGAAACGACAUAAUGAUGAUUUCAUGAUAUGCUAGGUCGAUGUUUUCCUUAUAAAUUGAAAAAUUCAAUUUCAGCUACGUCAAGAACGAGUUUUGGCAACUGUACAAAUAGUAUAAACAGUCUAGUACUGUAUAAAUAUGAAAAUUUCUUCCUUGGAACGUGUUAAACACUCGAUAUAACCGAAAACAUCGUGAAUUAAGAAACAAAAGGUUAUUUUCUACUGCAGAUUGAGUUAUAUUCACUGAUACAUUCUCACAGGAUUUGAACAUGACGCUAGCGGAUUUCACACCUGAAGAACAAGCAGUUAUAGAUGAGUUGAGGAGGCGAACAAUUGAUGACGUCACGCCAAUGAUGUUGGAAGAUAAUUACCUAUUUUAUCGCUUUGCUAAAGCUCGAGAUUAUAAUCUAACUGAAGCAGAAUCCAUGUUAAGAAGACAUCUCGUUUGGAGAAAAGAAUUUGGUCUCGACACAAUAUUGACAGAUUACACACCAUCAGAGGUUCUUGUGAAAUAUGUUUCCACUUGCUUGAUGUGUUUCGAUAAGACAGGAUGCACCGUUCGAUACAUUGAUUGCGGUCGAUUAGAUUGCAAAGGUUUAUGGAAUUGUGCCAAAAAGCAGGACUGUCUGAAGUAUUUUUCUUAUCGUAUCGAACAAGAUUUCCAGGAACUUCGGAAACGGAACGAAAAGCUUCAGAAACAAAUUUUCUUACCGAUAUUUAAUUUUGAAAAUCUGUCUUACGCUACUGCCACCAACAUGAAAACGCUUCAAUAUUGCUUAUAUUUUUUGAAGGGCUAUGUGGACAAUUUUCCUGAAAGACUGAAAUGUGCAUUGGUCAUCAAUGCUCCCUUUUAUUUUGUGUGGAUGUUUGCAGUUUUCAAGCAAGUCCUUCCUGCUGCAGUUCUUCAAAAAAUACGGAUCUACGGAGCAGACGGUUGGAAAGAAGAGCUCCUGAAAUUUAUCGACGCAGACGUUUUGCCUGCGUUCCUUGGAGGAAAUAAAACCGAUCCGGACGGUAACCCCCUCUGCAAAACCAUCGUAAAACAUGGAGAGCCAAUCCCUAAAAAAUAUUACAUGGCGAACGAAAAGAAAAAAUUGAGAGUUGGCUGUGAAAAGUUGACUAUCUUACCCUUCUCUAAAGAAGAGAUCAGCUUCGAAGUCAAAGAAGAAAAUUCGAAUCUCCAGUGGGAAUUCGAAGUAAAAUCCAGAGACAUUGACUUUUCCUUGCAUUUCAAAGGAGAUAAUUUUGAAAUUGUUGAACUUAUUCCCAAACAGAGAAUAGACACUAAUUUUGAAACUGAGAAAGGACUCUUUAAAUGUGAAAAAACGGGAACAUAUACAAUGUUAUUAGAUAAUACUUACAGCUGGAUUCACUCGAAAGAGGUAUAUUACAAAGCAGCAAUUAGACCUCCGAAUGAUGACAAAAACGAGCAGUGGGACUAGGACUGGAACAGGACGAAUAACAGUAGAAAAUGUUGAAGAAAAAAAACUAAGAAAAAGAUGAUAGAGCUUUGGCUGUAAUGUAAAAGGAAUAAACGUUUGUGUAA